UAUCACCCAGUCUAUAAUCUCCUGCCAUCAAAUUCGUAACGAAAUUGAAUAUCGCCAUGGCUCCCCUAGAUGGUAUCAUAAUACUGGAUUCGACAGGCCGAUCUAUCGUAUCUUCGCAUUUCCGAGCACACCCUUCUUCAUAUCCUCUGCUACACAUUGAUGCUUUCAAUCAAGCUCUUGCCAAAUCCCGCCCUGGCCUCGAUGUGGCAUCGACCAGCACCUUGCAAGAGCUCGACCCCAUCUUAUGGGUCUCGGUACCAAAUACGAGCGAGUACGAAGAGGGAGCAUGGAUGAACACCGCAUGCUUCCAUGUGGAGAAGGAAGGGAUGAGGAUUUUGGUACCCGUUAGUCAGGAAAUGAAUCCGAUGCUACCAUUCUCGUUCAUCUACUCGUUCUUGGAGACGCUUGCUUCAUACCUCGGCGAGGUAACGGAGCAUACCAUUCGAGAAAACUUUGACACAGUCUACAUGCUUAUCGAGGAGAUGCUGGACGAGGGACACCCGUUGACGAUGGAGACGAACAUGUUGAAGGAUAUCGUAUUACCUCCGACGCUAGUACGGAAACUGCUUGCUGCAGCCGGAGUGUCAGGUUCGUUAAGCCAGACUAAUCCACCAUACUCGGCACCCAUCCCAUGGCGGCGGCCAAACGCUCGAUACUCGAACAACGAAAUAUACUUUGAUUUCGAGGAGCGAAUAGAUGCGAUAGUGGACAAGCGUGGAAAGGCCUUGCACAUAGAUGUGUGGGGUAGAGUGAACUGUAAUGCCAAGUUGACUGGGAAUCCCGACCUCCUGCUCUCCUUUAGCAAUCCAAAAGUAAUCGAAAACUGUGGAUUUCAUCCUUGCAUCCGGUAUAAACGCUGGAUGGAUAACGGCGUACUUUCUUUCAUACCGCCUGAUGGCGAAUUCAAGCUGCUCGAUUAUCAGGUAGCGGUACCGGCAGGCUCGCUGAGACCGAUCGGUCUUCCCUUGGUUUUGAAGGCGAAAAUGUCGACAGAGGUCGGAGGAGGCAAAUUCAACCUAACGCUAUCGUCAAAUACGCACGGCCGACCGCUAGAAAACGUCGUCAUAAGCAUCCAGUUGGGUCCGGAAGUGACUUCGGUCUCCGCCACGGCUUCGGGAGACACUCGAGGAAUUCUGCCUGGCGGAGGCAAGAAUCCCAACUACCCGGUCGGAGCGUUAGGUGGUGGAAGUUGGGACUUCGAUCCAAACAAGGGGGUGCUUAGGUGGAUGAUUACCGCUCUGACGGCCAAUGAGAAGGCGGCUAGUCUGGUCGGAAGUUUUGUCUGCAGCUCGGAGGAGAUGCCCAGCCCGGACCCUGCAUUCCAAGUGAAUUUCCAGAUCAAUCAACACAUCCUCAGCGGACUCAAGGUGGAUCACAUCAAGGUCGUCAACGAGACUGGGUACAAGCCAUUCAAGGGAGUCAGGACGUUUGUCAAGAGUGGGAAUUACGAAGUGAGAUGGUAGGGGGUUCAUGCCCUUUAGAAGGCAAAAGCUGUAGACCGGAAUUCUUGGGUUGCGUUACCGUGUCCCUUGUGCCCGCAUUCAUAUCAUACCUUAGUAACGGAAACCAACGUUCCAGGCAUUUGAGAUGACGCAAGCCAGUGACAAAC